AUGCUUCUCUGCUCGCCUCUCUCUCGACUCCACCGGCCGCCUUCCAGUUUCGGGGAUCUUCGAGCGUUUGCGCCUAUUACCGGGCACCAGCGGCACCAGUCGUCUCCCUGGCUGGAACCACCUCCCAGUGCUUGCGAUUCGCGGUUGCUCGCGUCAACUUUCGUGCAACAGCCGUUGGUCGCGAACAGAGGGUCUUUCCCGGUUCAGCGGAGCCUGCAUUCAGCUGCAGUGAAGGCGCCCGCGAGGGGAGUAGCGAGGGCGUUCUUUUCUCGUAACAAGGCAGGCAGUAUGGCGGAUGGAGGCGGCUCUGCGACGAGCCAGUCCAAGGUGGUGGUGGUGACAGGGGCCACCAAGGGGCUUGGGCGCGCGUUGGUGCUGGAGCUGGCAAAGCGUGGCCACAGGGUGGCGGGGUGUGGUAGAGAUGUGAAGCAGGUGGAAGUGGUGCGGCAAUUGCUGGAUGACACUCGCCCGCCUGCUGCUGCUGCUGCUGCUGCUGCUUCUCCUGCCCAGCACCUUAUGGUUGCGGUAGACGUGGCAUCAGAUGGUGAGGUGAAGGCCUUCGCGCAAAAUGUCAUCUCAACUUUAGGGGUACCUGAUAUAGUAGUGAACUGUGCAGGGCUGAUCAACGCAAACAAGAGGUUGUGGGAGGUGCCAUGCGAGGAGGUGGAUCGGGUGUUGGACGUGAACAUCAAGGGCACCGUCAACGUCAUCCGCCACUUCGCCCCCACCAUAGUGGACCGCCGCAACGGGGUGUUUGUCAACUUCUCAUCUGGAUGGGGCCGCUCCGUUGCUGCGGAGGUGGGUCCAUACUGCGCAUCCAAGUGGGCGGUGGAAGGUCUGAGCAAGUCGUUGGCGCUGGAGCUGCCUGCUGGUUGUGUGUCUGUGGCUCUCAAUCCUGGAGUCAUCAACACCGCCAUGCUGCACUCGUGCUUCGGUUCCUCUGCUUCCAUGUACCAAACGCCCGAGGAAUGCGUCGGGGUAAAUGGUGGGGCACUCCGCAUCGCAGAGGUGUUGCCUCGACACCUCUCCGCGAGGUUGCCUUGCGCCUACUUGCUCCGACCAUAUCCCAAGCCCCCCUCCUCACAUCGCGCCCCUCCUCCCCUUCAUUUCCUCGAGCGCCAGCCCCUCCUCUCCCCAAACUUCUCCCGCUCUUCUCUCCCCGCACUCCUUCCCAUCGCCCUCCUGCUCCCCCUGCCUCUGCCCUUGGCCCAGCAGCAGGAAUUCCCUAAUCAACUCUUGCACCCUUCAACAAGCUACCACCUUCAGACGUGUAGUUACGCGCUUCGUCCGUUUUUUCUCAGUUCUCAGCCAUCUAGCGACCAUCAAGACAAGGUUGGGGAGAAACUAUCAGAACUGAACCUCCCUGGUCUCGACCCACUGGCUCCGCGCAUUCCCACCGCCGUCAACGGGAAGGCCUCCGACGCGCCUUGUCCUCGCGCUGGCGACGAGGACGAAGAAGGCGACGAUGACGACGACGACGAUGACGACGAUGGCGACGAUGGCGACGACGACGACGAUGGCGACGGCUAUGGCCACGAGGAGGAGGCAGGGGACGACGAUGGUGAUGGCGACGAUGGGGAUGAUGGCGGAGAUGACGAUGCGGACGGGGAGGGUGGGGAAGAGGGCGGGGAGGAGGAAGGAAACGGGCAGGAAGGCGAGGGAGACGAAGAAGAUGGCGAUGAAGAUGUGGAGGAGGAAGGGGACGGGGAGGACGGCGAUGGGAACGGGGAGAACGGCGAUGGGAACGGGGAGAACGGCGAUGAGGAGGAGCAAGGGGAUGAAGGGGACGACGAUGGCGACGAGGGGGAUGACGAUGAUGAAGUCGACGCUGACGAUGACGACGAUGACGGUGACGAUGGCGGUGACGGUGACGGUGACGAGGACGAUGACGAUGACGAUGACGAUGACGACGAGGACGCCCCUGCGCCUAAGAAAGCCAGACAUUGA